GCACCGGUCUGCACACACACACAGAGCGCCGAUAGAACAGGAAGUGAUGUUUGACAUUGAUUUAAGGAGGGCGAUUCAAAUGCAGGAGGUGCUGAGGAGACGAGUAAACAAACCGUUUUCAAAUUAAUCAUCAGCGUCAUAUAUUUAAGAAUUUGCUUUGGAGGGGGUUGAGCUCAAGCGAGGAAGCAGGAGAAUGGCGACAAAACAACUGGCAAAAACACUGGGAUUAAUCCGGAGACGCAGUGGAUCCUCCAGUUCCAGCACUCUGAAGAGAAGCGGAGCGGAGCAAUUCUUUUCUUACCUCAUUGUCAUAGACUUUGAAUCCACUUGCUGGAGAGAAAAAAAUCACUACGGACAGGAAAUCAUUGAAUUCCCUGCAGUUUUGUUGAACACAACCAAUGGGCAGAUUGACUCUGAAUUUCAAACCUAUGUGCAGCCACAAGAGCACCCGACCCUGUCCGAGUUCUGCACUGAGCUCACUGGAAUCAAACAGAGUCAGGUUGAAGCCGGAGUCCCUCUCCGGAUCUGCCUGUCUCAGUUUUCCCGUUGGCUUCAGAAGCUGCAGCAGGAGAAGAACGUGGUGUUUGUUACAGACAUGUCUGGACUCUGUGCUCCCAGUGCUAAGCCAUGCGCUUUCGUCACUUGGUCAGACUGGGAUUUGGGUGUCUGCCUGCAGUACGAGUGCAAACGAAAGCAGCUCCGCAAACCUCCGGUUUUAAACCGCUGGAUCGAUCUCAGAGCGACGUACAAGCUGUUUUAUAAUCGCAUGCCGAAAGGAUUGAAUGGAGCUCUACAGGAUCUGGGCAUUGAGUUUUGUGGACGGGAGCAUUCAGGUCUGGAUGAUGCCAGGAACACUGCUGGUCUGGCUUGGAGAAUGAUAACCGAUGGCUGUGUGAUGAAAGUCACCAAAUCACUGGACCGGGCACCCCCGAAGACGACCCCACCUGUCAGGCCUCUUGCAUUGAACGCCGACGUUGCCAGCGUGUCUAAAAACUCUGACAGUCGCAAGGCGUGCAGCCCAAACAGAAUGGCCAGGAGCAGCAAGCAGGAGCAAGCAGGAGACAGAGACGCAGUGCCCAGUGCCAGUAAAAUAAAGAGGCUGGAGUCGGACACCUUGCAAACCACACUGCAGGCUCCCAGGCAGCAAGCCAACACGACCGGCUGUCAGUACCGAAGCCUGGUGUCUCCAAAGACCCUGCUCCAUGGACUGUCUGCUCCUGGAGCCUGGGGGAGACUCUCACGUCCAGCGUUAACUCCACAAACCCAUGCGCUGGUAUCACUGGUCUCUGCAGGAAACCCCUCCACACGAAGCCUGGUCCUGGUUCCCACCACGGUGGAUUCUGUUACAAAUAUAUCGGGUCUGGACUUGAACACUGCGUGUGACUCGGAGAUACUGCUGGCUGACUGGGAGGACGGCGCAAUGCUUCCUGAAACUGAGGAGCCAAGUUCCUAUGACGCAGUGACUCUGGAGCAGGAGGAGGGGGGCUGGGGAACAGCGAUGCCUGCAGGCACGGCGGGUCUAACCGCUGAUGUGUCAAAUUAUGCAGACGCUGAGGAGUUCAAGAACGACGUGCCUCCUGUGUGUUUAAAGUCCCAGCUGCUCAACACCAUGGUGUAUUCGGGAGAGGAUGCAGGGGCUCGCCCAUCGGGGGGUGGGGAUGCAGGGGCACGCCCAUCGGGGGGUGGGGAUGUGGGGGUGCGCUCUUUGGGCAGCGUUGCUUUUAAGGCUCCUCCUGCUGCUGCAGCAGCAAAAAGCACCUCUGGGGCAAACCGGGCCAGAAGAACCCCCAUCGGCUCAAGUUCAUUCUCGACAGCUAGACCCAGGCCUCUCGGGGGUGAGAAAUCCACACGAUCAAGCCUCUAUUUCCCAAAGAGCAACCCCUCCUUCACCAUUCAUGCAGACGAAGAGGCUUCGCUCUCCAGUCGCUCCACUGGCAGCUCGGUCCCCCCCACGGUCCUCUCUGCCGUGGUUAACUGGAGGUCCGUCCCACCGUCCCGCGGGGGAAAGGUUACCCCCCCGCUGUGCGAGUGCGGCCGCAGAGCCAAGAAGCUCAACGUCUCCAACGGGGGUCCCAAUCAGGGCAAGGGCUUCUACUGCUGUCCUGUCGGGAAGCAGGGCUGUGGGUAUUUCAAAUGGGAGUCUGUGCUGCUUAAAGAGAAGGCUAGAGCCAGCUUCAGUGCGUCUGGGAGUCGGACAUCCUUCCAGAGUGGAAACCUGGGUCUCAGACCAUCUUUGAGAAAUGAAUGCAGUAAUCGUGUUCUUAAAACAGGGUUGUGAAUGGAGGGGUGCUAUUUGGUUUUUAAGAUAUAUUUAUUAACAUUUUACUAAUGGCAUGUCCGCUCACUCGCCCAUGUGUUUUUUAUUUCCUGUUAAAUAAACAGCAGCAUGUUUGUA